CCGCGCCCCUCGCGCCCGCCGGGGCCCCGGGCUCCGAAGUUGUGGGGACCAGCACGAGUUGGAAAGUUUGCCCGAGGGCUGGUGCAGGCUUGGAGCCGGCGGGACGCGCGCUGCCCUCGGAGCCCGAGCGAGCCAGCGACCAAAAUCUUGUGUGACUGAGCUCAACCAUGGUGCAUCAAGAUUCUCCUCAGAAGUGAGACUUUCCAAAGGACCAAUGACUCUGUUCCCUGUGCCCUUUCAUUUUUUCCCACUCCGUAGCUAUGUCUCGAUCCCGCCAUGCAAGGCCUUCCAGAUUAGUCAGGAGGGAGGAUCUAAACAAAAAGAAAAACAGCCAACUGAAGAAGACAUCCAAGCCAGCCAACAAAAACGGGGCAUCAGUCAAGACUGUGAGCCCUGGAAAAUUAAAACAAUUGAUUCAAGAAAGAGAUGUUAAGAAAAAAACAGAACCCAAACCACCUGUGCCAGUUAGAAGCCUUCUGACAAGAGCUGGAGCAGCGCGAAUGAAUUUGGAUAGAACUGAGGUUCUUUUUCAGAACCCAGAGUCCUUAACUUGCAAUGGGUUUACAAUGGCUCUCCGAAGCACCUCUCUUAGCAGGCGACUCUCCCAACCCCCAGUGGUCAUAGCCAAACCCAAGAAAGUUCCACCUCCUAAAAGUUUGGAAAAGCAACAUGAGUGUGAUUAUAAGGUACUUACGGACAUGGGAGUAAAGCACUCAGAAAAUGAUUUUGUCCCAAUACAAGACCCCCUAAUCCCUCCUGAUCUAGAGAAUCUAAUCAGCUUACAAAAUGCAUCUUUAAUUAAAGGUGAGAGCCAAGAGACAACUCAGUCUUGGUCCCAAAGGGUCGAGGAUUCCAAAAUAAAUAUCUCCACUCACAGUGGCCCUGCAGCAGAGAUCCUUUCUGGGUCACUGGAAGGGACACCUGGUGGUGAAGGACUGUUCUCUCAAGAGACGUCAAGUGAUAUCAGUGAUUCCCCUAAAAUGUUUGCUCGGGGCACUCUGUGUGCUCCUUUGCUCCAAAGAGCAGCCCUCAAGGUUACCUCUGAAGGAAAUGCCAGCAUUCAGUUAGAAGAUUUGGGUUCACGAGUAGAAUCUCUUAAGCUAUCUGAUUCUUACCUGGAUCCCAUCAAAAGUGAACAUGAUUUCUGCCCCACCUCCAGCUUUAAUAAGGUUAUACCUGAAUUGGACCUUAAAAACUGUUUGUCUAUUGGUGGGUCAAUAUAUCCUACCUCAUUAAUAAAACUCCUUUUGGCAGGCUCAGAACAAGAAACCCUUGGUGCUAAACCAGGUCAUCAAGAGGUACUCAAAGCUACCCCAGAUCACCGGGAAGUUCCUGAUACCACCCCUGUCGUAAGACAGGUCUUUAAUACUGUCCCACAUCAAUGGGAAGUUCCUGGUGCUAACCUAGUUCUUGGAGAGGCUCUGGGUGAGACCCCAGACCCACCAGAGAUUCCGGGUGCUGUUCCAGUUCAAGGAAAGGUUUUUGGUGCUAUCUUAAAUCAACAAAUCCCUGGUAUGGGUGGUGGUACUGCCUCAGACCCACCAAUCUUCCUUCCUGCUCCUCUAAACCCAAUUGCUACCUAUAAUGCUCUCCCAGAAUGGCCUGAGCCCCAGGGCACUGUUUCAUAUGGGCUUGAGGUUCAGGGCGCUAUGCAGAUUUUGCCUUUGGGCUCAGGUCACACUCCUCUACCAUCGUCAAACUCAGAGAUAAGUUCGAUACCUCCAGUAAUGGCUAUAAGCAAUAUAGAAAAUGAGAAGCAGGUUCAUAUAAGCUUUCUGCCAGCUAACACUCAGGGGUUCACGUUAGCCCCUGAGAGAGGACUCCACCGUGCUUCACAGGGCAUUGCCCAACUCUCCCAGGCUGGUCCCAGCAAAUCGGAAGAAGAGAGCUCCCAGAUCAGCAAGACCAGCAUGGUUGACAUCAACACCACAGUGGUGUCUAGGCCAGUGUCACUUGCCAGUACCUCCUCUUCUCUUUCCUAUACAACUUUGCUACCUACUUUGGAAAAGAAGAAACGAAAGCGAUGUGGGGUCUGUGAGCCCUGCCAACAGAAGACCAACUGUGGUGAAUGUACUUACUGCAAGAACAGAAAGAACAGCCAUCAGAUCUGUAAGAGGAGGAAAUGUGAGGAACUGAAAAAGAAACCAUCCGUCAUUGUGUCUUUGGAGGUUAUAAAGGAAAACAAGAGGCCCCAGAGGGAAAAGAAGCCCAAAGUUUUAAAGGCAGAUUUUGACAACAAACCAGUAAAUGGCCCCAAGUCAGAAUCCAUGGAAUACAGCAGAUGUGGUCAUGGGGAAGAACAAAGAUUGGAGUUGAACCCACAUCCCCUUGAAAAUGUAACUAAAAAUGAAGAAAGCAUGACAGGUGUUGAAGUGGAGAAGUGGAUGCAAAACAAGAAAUCACAUUUAACUGAUCAUGUAAAAGGAGAGUUUAAGGCAAUUGUGACAGAAGCUGAAAAACUGAAAAACUCUGAUGGUGACAGGAAAAAAGUCCUACUUACUGACCUCCUUGAACCUCAAAAAUUGUUUGCACAAACUGUAAGAAAUGGCAUUAAAAAUGUACACUAUUUAUCAACUGAAACAAAUGUGUCUUUUAAAAAAUUCAAUAUUGAAGAAUUUGGCAAGGCAUUUGAAAACAAUUCCUAUAAAUUCCUGAAAGACACUGCAAAUCAUAACAAUGCCAUGAGCUCCAUUGCUACUAGUGCGAGCUGUGAUCAUCUUAAAGGGAGAAGUAAUGUUUUAGUCUUCCAGAAGCCUGGCUUUAACUGCAAGUCUUUUUCAGAUUCUGCAAACUUCAACUUAAAUAGUCAUGCCAGUACAACUAUCGGAAGUGAGCAACCAAAAUCUCUAGAAAAUAUACCAAGUAAAGAACCAAAAGAUGGAUCUCCAGUUCAACCAAGUCUUCUAUCCCUAAUGAAAGACAGGAGAUUAACUCUGGAACAAGUGGUAGCCAUAGAAGCUCUGACUCAACUAUCAGAAGCCCCUUCAGAAAAUUCGUCACCAUCAAAGUCAGAAAAGGAUGAAGAAACAGAGCAGAGAACAGCUAGUUUGCUUAACAGUUGUAAAGCUAUCCUCUAUUCUGUAAGAAAAGACCUCCAAGAUACAAACUUACAAGGGGAGCCACGAAGCCUUCAUCAUUGUCCAUCUUUGGAAAAGCAAAGUUCAUGCAACACAGUGGUGUUCAAUGGCCAAAACAUCAUUUCAAAGUCACACAAUAGCUUGUCUCCUAACCAAGCAUCCACAAAGUCACCGGAAUGUUCAAAAAUCACAAAUUCAAUAUCUCUUUUUAUACCAAAUUCAAAUUCAUCUAAAAUUGACACCAAUAAGAAUGUUGCUCGUGAUAAAAUUACUCCUGACAAUUGUUCCAAGAAUUUGCAUCAGUUGCCACCAACAAGUAAUAAAUUGGGGUAUUGUAACCAGUCACUGGACAGCAGUAAAAAAUUGGACUCAAAGGAUGAUCCAUCAUGUCAAGAUACAGUUCACAGUAAAAUAGAGGAAGAUGUUGCAACACAGUUAACACAGCUUGCAUCAAUAAUUAAAUUCAAUUAUAGAAAACCAGAGGACAAAAAAGUUGAAAGUACACCAACAAGCCAUGUUGCAUAUAAUGUCCAGCAUGUACAGCAAAAGUAUAGUCAGGAGAAGGGCACAAUACAACAGAAACCACCGUCCAGUAUACAAAAUAAUCAUGGCUUAUCACUAACAAAGCAAAAGAACACAACCCAGAAAAAGACAAAAUCUACCCCAUCAAGAGAUCGGCGGAAAAAGAAGCCUGCAGUUAUAAGCUGUCAAGAAAAUGACCAGAAAAAGCAGGAACAGUUGUCAUAUCAGUAUAGCAAGUUACAUGACAUUUGGAUAGCCUCUAAAUUUCAAAGAUUUGGUCAAUUUGGUCCACAUGAUUUUCCUAUUCUCUUGGGAAAAAUUCCUCCCCUAACCAAAGUAUGGAAACCACUGACCCAAACGAGUUCAGCAUUAGAACACAAAAAAUUAUUUCCUCCACUUGCUCAGAUAAAAUUUGAGCGAUAUCCUGAAUUAGCACAGGAAAAAAUAAUGAAGGUUGAACCAUUGGAUUCUCUCCCCACAUCCCAGUUAAAAACAGAAUCCAAUGGGCAGGCGUUUACAGAAAAAGUUUAUAAUUCUCAGGUACAGCCAACAGUGAAUGUCGAUCAGAAAGCUCACCCUGUACUCCAGCCCUCCUCUCCAGCUAACCAGUGUGCUAAUGCGAUGGCUGGCGAUGACCAAACACAGUUCCAGCAGGAUGUUAAAGACCAACUGAUACAUCAGAGACUGCCAACAUUGCCUGGUAUCUCUCAUGAGCCCCCAUUACCGGACCCAGCACAAAUUCUCAGGAAUGUAAAUGUGGUAUGUUCAGGUGGAAUUACAGUGGUUUCUACCAAAAGUGAAGAGGAUGUCUGUUCAUCUAGUGUUGGAGUAUCAGAAUUUUCCCCAGUAGACAGUGCACAGAAAAGUUUUAAUGAUUACGCCAUGACCUUCUUUACUAAUUCUACAAAAAACCUGGUGUCCACAACAAAAGAUUCCGAAUUGCCAACCUGCAACUGUCUUGAUCGAGUUAUACAAAAAGACAAAGGCCCAUAUUAUACACACCUUGGGGCAGGACCAAGUGUUGCUGCUGUCAGGGAAAUCAUGGAGAAUAGGUAUGGUCAAAAAGGAAACGCAGUAAGGAUAGAAAUAGUAGUGUAUACUGGAAAAGAAGGAAAGAGCUCUCAUGGGUGUCCAAUUGCUAAGUGGGUUUUAAGAAGAAGCAGUGAUGAGGAGAAAGUUCUUUGUCUGGUUCGGCAGCGUACAGGCCACCACUGUCCCACUGCCGUGAUGGUGGUGCUCAUCAUGGUAUGGGAUGGCAUUCCUCUCCCGAUGGCUGACAGAUUGUACACGGAGCUUACUGAAAAUCUAAAGUCAUACAAUGGUCAUCCCACAGACCGAAGAUGCACUCUCAAUGAAAAUCGUACCUGUACAUGUCAAGGAAUUGAUCCAGAGACUUGUGGAGCUUCAUUCUCUUUUGGCUGUUCAUGGAGUAUGUAUUUCAAUGGCUGCAAAUUUGGUAGAAGCCCAAGCCCUAGAAGAUUUAGAAUUGAUCCGAGCUCUCCCUUACACGAAAAAAACCUUGAAGAUAAUUUGCAGAGUUUGGCUACACGAUUAGCUCCAAUUUAUAAGCAGUAUGCUCCACUUGCGUAUCAAAACCAGGUGGAAUAUGAACAUGUUGCCCGAGAAUGUCGUCUUGGCAGCAAAGAAGGUCGUCCUUUCUCUGGGGUCACUGCUUGCCUAGACUUCUGUGCUCAUCCCCACAGGGACAUUCACAACAUGAAUAAUGGAAGCACUGUGGUUUGUACUUUAACUCGAGAAGAUAACCGUUCAUUGGGUGUUAUUCCUCAAGAUGAGCAGCUUCAUGUGCUGCCCCUGUAUAAACUUUCAGACACAGAUGAGUUUGGCUCAAGGGAAGGAAUGGAAGCCAAGAUCAAAUCUGGAGCCAUCGAGGUGCUCACACCCCGCCGCAAAAAAAGAACACGUUUUACUCAGCCAGUUCCUCGUUCGGGAAAGAAGAGAGCAGCAAUGAUGACAGAGGUUCUUGCUCAUAAGAUCAGGGCAGUGGAGAAGAAAUUCAUUCCUCGGAUCAAGCGGAAGAAUAACUCAAUGACAAACAGCAGUAAGACUUCCUCGCUGCCACUUUUAGGGAGUAAAACUGAGACCUUGCAACCUGAAAUAAAAAGUGAAACUGAACCCCAUUUUAUCGUCAAAGAUUUGGACAACACUAAAACCUACUCACUGACCCCAUCCAUUCCUCACCCAGUGAAAGAGGCAAACUUAUCUCCAGGCUUCCCCUGGUCCUGUAACACUGCUUCAGCCACAACAGUUCCUUUUAAGGACGGCGCAUCAGAUCCGUACGGGUUUUCAGAAAGAGGUAGCAAUCCCCACUGCACAAUGCCUUCUGCAAGACACAGUGGUGCUAAUGCAGCUGCUGGGGAAUGCACUGGAAGUGCACAGCCUGGUGAAGUGGUUCCUCUUCCCACCUUGUCUACUCCUGUGACAGAUUCCCUGGUUUAUUCUGAGCCUCCUACUGGUCCAUCUGAGCAGCUAACUUCUAAUCAGCCAAACCAGCAGCCCCCAUUCAUCACCUCUCCUCAUGAACUUGCUUCCUCUCUGGUGGAAGAAGAUGAGCAGCAUUCUGAAGUAGAUGAGCCUCUAUCAGAUGACCCCCUCUCAGAUGACGCCCUGUCACCUGCUGAGGAGAAGUUGCCCCAUAUUGAUGAGUAUUGGUCAGACAGUGAGCACAUCUUCUUGGAUGCCAACAUUGGUGGGGUGGCAAUAGCACCUGCUCACGGCUCUGUUCUGAUUGAGUGUGCCCGGCGAGAGCUUCAUGCUACGACUCCCGUUGAAAACCCAAACCGGAAUCAUCCAACACGCCUCUCCCUCGUCUUCUACCAGCACAAAAACCUGAAUAAGCCCCAACACGGUUUUGAACUAAACAAGAUUAAGUUCGAGGCUAAAGAAGCUAAGAAUAAGAAAAUUAAGGCCUCAGAGCAGAAAGACCAGGCAGCUAAUGAGGGUCCUGAACUGUGCCCUGAAGUUAAUGAAUUGAACCAAAUUCCUUCUCAUAAAGCAUUAACAUUAACCCAUGACAACGUUGUCACCGUGUCCCCUUAUGCUCUCACACAUGUUGCGGGGCCCUAUAACCAUUGGGUCUGAAGGCUUUUCUCCCCUUCUUAAUGCCUUUGCUAGUGCUGUGUAUUUUUUCAAGGUGCUGUUAAAAGAAAGUCAUGUUGUCGUUUACUAUAUCUUCAUCUCACCCAUUUGAAGGCUGAGGUAAAAAAAAAAAAAUGGGGUGGGUAUUUCUUAACUGUGACUAUAUUUUGACAAUUGGUAGAAGGUGCACAUUUUAAGCAAAAAUAAAAGUUUUAUAGUUUUAAAUACAUAAAGAAAUGUUUUGGUUAGGUGUUAACCUUGAUAGAAUCACUCAGUUUGGUGCUUUAAAUUAAGUCUGUUUACUAUGAAACAAGAGUCAUUUUUAGAGGAUUUUAACAGGUUCCUGUGCUAUGAUGUAAAAUCAAGACACACAGUGUUAACUCUACACAGCUCCUGGUGCUUAACCACAUCGACACAGUUAAAGAAUAAGCUGAGUUAUUAUUUCAUGGUGCCAUUGUUCCAACAUCUUCCAAUCAUUGCUAGAAAAUUGGCAUAUUCCUUUGAAAUAAACCAAUGAAAUGUUUUCUCUCUUAAAAUAUCUCUCCUGUAUAAAAUAAUUCGUUAUUGUUAGUAAUGGUUGGAGGCUGUUCAUAAAUUGUAAAUAUAUAUUUUAAAAGCACUUUCUAUUUUUAAAAGUAACUUGAAAUAGUAUAGUAUAAGAAUCCUAUUGUCUAUUGUUUGUGCAUAUUUGCAUACAAGAGAAAUCAUUUAUUCUUGCUGUGUAGGGUUCCAUCUUGUUAGCUGCAAUAUGUAUUCUAAUCAUGUAUAUGGUUUGUGUUUUUUUAAUGUGUCCUUUCUCCUUCAAAUAUUAGCUACUUAUAUAAAAUAGUUAGAUCAUGCAAAAAUUGUUAAUUAUCUCUAAAAUUGGAAUUAGGAAGUAUAUCACCAAAAUUGAUUACUGUUUUCUUUGGAACUAAAUAAGAGUGGUAUCUUCUGACUUAUUGAGCAACAGUGGCCCCAAUUUACGUUCACCCCAGCUUUCUCAGUAUGAUCCAUGAAAGGUGUUUCCAAGAGGAGAUGGGACAUAGGUAAUAGUAUUCAGAAGAGUCAAAUGCUUCUAAAGUUUUAGGAUUAUAAAAUACAAAAAUCAAGCAGCAAGAACCCUACCCAUCCCAAAUUGCCUUAUUUGUUCUGAAAGUUAUUGUGGUACAGAAUAAGAAUAAAAUGCCUGUAGAAAUCUUUUGAAAACAAAUUCCCUAUCAUCAUCACACACACCCACACCCUAGAAAAACAGUAGGAAUGGUAUUAUAAGUCUGGUUUUGUCCAUUAAGAGCUAAUCCAAAGUAGUUUAUCUAGGCAUAUUAGUUUUGGGAAUGUACUAACUCAUCUUCUCUGAUAAUUGCCUAUGUUCUAGGUAACAGGAAAAUAGGCAUUCCAUUUAUUUUAACCUGCCAUUAUUUUUUCCCGUUACUUUAUUGACUCAUAGCAAAACAAAUGGAAUUGCCCAAACAAAAUGUUUAGAACAAGAAGAAAUUUCAAUGAAAUACUUGAUUCUGUUAAAAUGCAGAGGUGCUAUAACAUUCAAAGUGUCAGAUUCCUUGGGAGUAUGGAAAACCUAAUGGUGCUUCUCCCUUGGAAAUGCCAUAGGAAGCCCACAACCGCUAACUCUCACAAUUCUGGUGCAAAAGCAAACAGUUCCAACAAACUCUCUAAAGAAAAUCUCGCUGUAACUUAUAUUAAAAUAAUAUAUGGUGCAAAGGAUCAGUUUCAAGCUUUUGACUAAUCCAAGUAAAGGAAUAUGAAGGGAUUGUAAAUAACAAAAUGCCCAUUGGUAGACCAUCAUUCUGUACAAGUAGAUUUCUGCUUCUUGAAUAUGUAAAAUAGGGUAAUUCAUUGACUUGUUUUAGUAUUUUGUGUGCCUUAGAUUUCUGUUUUAAAACGUGUAUAUUUUUGUGAGCCUAAGGUUUCUUAUACAUAUAAGUAUAUAAAUAAGUGAUUGUUUAUUGUUUCAGCUGCUUCAAUGAGAUAUUUACUAGUAUUAGACUAUCAGGAAUAUACCCUUGUGAUAUUUCGUUUUAGAUUUUAGGCCUUAGCUCCCACUAGAAAUUAUUUCCUCACCAGAUUUACUGGAUAAAGUUUUAAGACCCUUUAUCCAUCCACCCAUCUGUCCAUUCUUGCAUUCAAUACUCAUUGAAUGUCUGCAAAAUUUAAGUAUUAGUUUUUGUUUUUCUUUGAAUCGCUACCCAUGACAUAAUAAACUUGAAGAAUUAAAGUUCUAAAAGAAACUCUUACACAUAUUUUUCAAAGAAAUAGCAAAUUUCCUUCACAACAAUCCAUUGUGAUAUAUCUGCAGCAAUUCAAAUCAGUCACUAACUGUAAAUAAGUUCCUUAACAAUCUAAACUUGAAGCACCAAUGUUGACUUAGAGGAACAUUGGGAUUUGCGAAGUUAGUUUACCAAAACAAGUACAUGAAAAUAUCCAGUCUCAACUAAAAUGUUUCCAUUCCUUUAUUAUAAUUAACACCAUGAAUGGCCUGCCUCAACUGAUAACCGCAUGGUUGGAACCACACAGGAUUCCUACUUUGUUGGGCUCUGUUGCAAAAGUUUACCAGUUAACCAUCCCAUUGUCUGCCCUGUGACUUUUUUAAAAGCUUAUGCUUACUCAAUGUUCUGUAGCAUUGUGAUUGUAUGCGGGCUACACUGCUUUUAGAACACUUUCUCAUGAAGCAAGAAAUAAAUUUGUUUGAAAUGAUAUUUUCACUCAGAAGACUGGUCAUCUAACAUUAUUUCUGCACCUCUGUUAUGUUUUACUGUAAUGAUCACCUUUUGUUUUACAUCUUUUAUAGCACUCAAAUUGGGUUUUCAAUCUUCUGCCUUUGUUCAUGGUAUGAUAAUUGAAUUCAUUGAUAUAUGACCCCCCCAGGUUAGUCCAACCUCUUCAUAAUACAAACUUACCAACUAUAAUGAAAGAAUAACUCCUGCCUAUUGUAGAAUCCUACAAAAUAUGGUGCCCUUCAAAAUCUCAUUUCUAAUGGCUCUUAGGCUAUUGUUGAAAAACUUUGUUUCUUGUGCUUGUCAGCCUCACCUACAUCUUCUUUCCAAUGUAUCCACAAAGUACCAAAUAUGUCAUGUCACAAGCCUAAUUGAAAUAUAUAAUAAUUGGAAAGUGAGGCUAGCCAAAAAUGUAUAGCGGUAGGUAAAUUUUUGCAACAUGUUAGCAAAAGUUUUGCAUCUUAAAUAACCUUCUAACAUCUUUAUUAUGCAAUCUGCAUGUGGAUGAAAUAAUUUAAUUUGUUAAAUAUGAUGUUUCAACCAGAGGAGAUCCAUACACGCUUUACUUAAGACAUAACCCCAAUACAUACUUAACUGAAUGCAUACCCUUGUGUAAAUGAGAUACUGACUUAAUUCAUAUGAAGUAACCUGCUUUCUAAUGUCAUUACUUCAGUGGACUCCUACUGAUUAUCAUUUAUUUCACAAUAGCAUGUAUGAAAAUAAUCCCAAACUAUUUAAGUUUAGUCUUUUUAAAACAAAUUAUAUUAAGAUCUUUGAUCUGGGACAAAGUUUUGACAUUGCAUGACAACUUCCACCAAUACUGGGCACAGCAUUUCCUUUAAAUGUGCCAAGUAAGUGAGUAGCUGUAUGUGACCUUUAAUAAUAUAUAUCUACCUUCUGUUUCACAACUUCUUGAUGCAUGGAAAUCGUUUUUUCUUUGUCUAGAGUUAGUACAACACUGAGUUUUGAUCUUUUGUAGAAAUUUACAAUGGGAAUUGUGAAAUAAGGUAAUAUGGUAGUGGCCUCUCACAGAACUGGAAGACACCUUAGAAGUCAUAUAGUUCAAUAACUGGGGCCCAGAGAGCAGAAUGUCAAUGUAGGUGUGUAAUUAUGUUUGUAAGAAGAAUUUAAACAGUCGAAUGAAGGCCACUUUGUGGUUAGGAGGACUGUAGGAAAACAAACUUGAUUUGCUCACCCAGAUGGUAUUUUAUCAUGGGAAAUAACCUUUUUGGUACAAGUCAAAAAUAAAAUGGCUUUAGGUUUUUUCCUGAGAGGUUCAGGGAAAGAAGAUAAAUGAAAUUGGAUCAAGAUUCCCCGGCCUGCAGUUUCGUGGGCCUUGUGUGGGAAAUCUAACUGACUUUUACCUAUGAAACUGUCCUGUUAACUCAUCCUACAAAAUGUGGCAAUAGUCUUCUUUACUUUUCCAAUAAACAAAUAUCAAGUACUUAUACAGUACAGGCUUUUAUUUCCCCUGGAACAAGGGUUAGGCAUAUAUAAGGAGUUAUAAAAGAUUGAAUGUUUGAAAUAAUUGGGGAAAGUAUAUUUCCAUUGUAUAUAUUACUACAUGGGUAUGAUUGUACAGUCUUUUCACACCUACUACCUAGUUGGCCUCACAGUCAAGUCCCAGCGUAGUUUAUUUUGAUGUGGCUGUUUACAUGAAUUAGAAUAUUGUUUUAUUGUGCACAGCUCCUAAACCUGCCCCUGAGUUUAUUGAACUCGUAACUCUGGUGUCAGUAGUAUGACACACUUAACCAAGUGAUAGAUAUGAUCAGUGCCCUGAUUCCUGAAGGAGUCUGAAUUUAUCCAAAUCAAAUUGUGCUCCAUGUUGAGCCUCCUUCUAACAAGGUUAGAAAAUGAUGCCAUCCAUGGCUCUGGAAUGCAAUUCAGAAAGAAUCUACAUCAUUUAUCAGAAGCUGAAUUUGAGUAUUUUCGUAGAAUGUAUUGCGUUUCAUUGGCAUCUUUUUGCUUUUCUCUUGUAUGUAAAAUAGAGACUAAGUUCCUAUGUUAAUUUUGAAGACAGUGGAAGAAGCCAUCACUCUGUCCACACUGAACUCUACAAACUUUAAUUCUCUGCAUUCCAGUAUCUGGGUGACUUUUUUUCAAUCCCUGUUUCUUCUGGGCAUCCAAUCAAAUACCACGGUUUGCUUCAAAAGGCAUGUAUUUUAUUCCUUCAAGUAACCCAAAGGUAUUUCUUAUUUUGCCACUCUUAGUUUUCACUUCUUUAGGGCCCCACAGUGUGUUCCUCCUUGGGCAGUAUGCGGUAUUUGAUAUUUCUAGCUUUAAGAGUCCGCUACUAAUCUUUUCUUUGUUGGCUGUGCUCCUUUCCCAUCCCUUCUGUGACGUCCAUGAUCCUGCCUGGGUCACACAUUUUCCUCUAGUUUGUUCAGCUGUAGAUGUUCUCUAAAUUAAAGGAAAACUUAGUCUAAGGUAGGAAUGUUAUUUUCAGAUGUUAAACAUAUUUGCUGAUUUAACCCAUUUAUGUUUGAGUGCAACUUUGAAAAACCUUGGUUAACAGUAUAAAGCUAGUUUUUCUAGCAGCUGUUAUGAAAGGCAUUCUUUCUUGUCUUGUUCAUCAGAAAAAAAUCUUGCAGCUGUCAGAAACAUUUUCAUUUUUGGAGAAACAAUAUUGGAAAGUAAUUUGGUUUCUUCUCCAUUUAAGUGGUUAUAAACUUAGAAUCUUUGACCAGAAACUCAGCUUAUUAUUUUUCUUUUCUCAUUUUACUGAAGCUACAGUGUCAUUAAGUAUAUUUUCAUUCUUUUUACCAUUUUUAUCCUUUCCUCUGACUUUGCUUAAAUUAAAACUCUAUUGUUUCCCCUCUCUCUUGUUCUGCCUGCAUUCCCUGUGUCUCCCACGCAAAUACACAUGCUUCAUUUUAAGAAUAGCAGUGAUCUUGGUCAAGUUGUCUUCUUGUCUUUUAAAAUCAUGUCUCACAAAUCCUUUUUGGAAUGAAACCAAAACGAAUCAAGAGCUUGUAUUCAGCCCUUUUCAGUUAGAGGCGAAUUCAGUUUUUAGGAACCAAUAGUGGUCAUAAGACCGCAGGUUACAUCGAGUGCUCUCUACCAAUCCCAACAAUGUUUGAGUCUCAACUCAUUUACUAGUGUUGGAACGUUUUACAAAACAUUAUGUAAGAAGGUAAAUAUUCUAUCACUAUUUCUAUACAACUUUGCUAUUUCUGAACAAUGCAUCAUAUAAUUAUAAAUUAUCUGACCAGUGACUUUGAGUUAGUAACGGGUCUGAUCUAUAGAAUAGACAGCAUUUUUUUGCAUGUUUCCCUCCAUAUCUCCUGGCCCAAUUUUGUGAGUGGUAUCUAUUUUCUAAUGUAAAUUUACCGUUUUGGAAUUGGGUUGUUGGCAAUAAUAGGAACUAUUUAUAAUCUGGAUGAGAAAGGUUAAAAAAUUAACUGAAAGUAAUUAGAAGCGUUCUUAAAGAUUGGGUAAUUCAGUCAUCAGAAGUUCUUUUGAAUGCAAUAGGGGGAAGUUAAAGGGCAGAAAGGAGGGAGAAUUGUGUUCCUCUCAGCAAUCUGCAGGUUCGCUCUGCCAGCUCAACACCGAGAAAUACUUAUAAUAUUUCUUCUCCGCACUGCAUACCAGUUUUAUCUGAAAAAUAGCAGCUCAAAAUGAAGAAUCAUUUUGAAAGCAAAUACAAUGGAAAGAAAAAUUAUAAUCCUUGUACUUCAUAGUGUUUUCGGUUAUCAAGCUGCUUUACUUUGAGCUGUUUUUAUCUCCCCAACACCGAGGGUUGGACCGAGAACAUAUCUUACUGGGGAAGAACCUGCAGAUUAGCAAGAACAGCAAAGGGCUUGCUCCAAGUCACACAGCAAGUCAGCCCGUCUGAAACCAGAACAUCUAACAUCUGCAGACGGCUAGAUGCAUCUCUGCACCAUAUGCUAUACUUAGAGAGUUUUACCAAGUAGAAAUUCUGUCAGAUUUGAUCUAAGAAUAAUAUAAAAGCUACUUAUUGUAUGCAAAACAUGCUUCUGAAUUUCUUUGUUUCCACUAUUAUUUAGCCAGCUAUUUUCUUGUGCAUACUUUGGGGGGUCUCCCCUAAUUCCCAGGACUUCUGCAUUAGGGCUGAGACUAGUGAAGUUUUAUUUUUAACCCCUGUAAGAAAAUUUUUUUAUAAAAAUGUCUCUGGACUACUAAAAGAGAGGGAAAUGUCCUAAUUAAGAUUUGCUUAAAAAAUAUUAUUUUAAAAAAGACUAAGUUCAGCAACUAAUAACCAAAGUUCAAUGUAUUUGUUAUGUUGAGAUGCAGGUUUCUUGAAGGGAAUGUGAUGGGUAAACUAUUUUAGUUCCCAGGCAUUCAUGGUAAAAACAAAGUUCUUGUCAUCUUUUAGAGAUAGUACUGUCUCCCACUUGUUUGAAUUUUUGUUUUGUUUUGUUCCACUUUGUUUCCAGCCACGUAAAAUCUCUGAGUCAAAGGUUGAACAUACCUUUGCCCAGAGAAUUAAGAAAAAUAAUGACAUGUAUUUGUAAAGUUUUUAGUAAGCUCUUUGUAAAUUUAAGGAGUUAGAAUAUUUUGGCUAUUCCAUCAGUAAAUUAUGGGUUACUAAUGAGAAACCCAGGCCAAACUGCCCUAAAUAGUCAAAUAAAUUCCACUUUUGGUGAUUGAGUUCAGUAACUGCCUGUCCUCACUAAUGCCUGUUUGUGACAUAAAAUGGCUGAUGACAGGACUUUACAAAAACAGCUCUUUUAAAAAAAACAAAGAUUAAAUAUUUUUUAUCACUAUGUACCGUCAUUUUUUUUUAACUUAACAUUAUUAUAGGUGCUUUAAAAGAAAUAUUUUUUCAGAAAUGGUCUUAUAGUGAAAAAUAAAGGGCAGCUUUUGCAUUAUGACAAAUGGGUGGAUGGUAAUCUUUGGGUUACUAAGAAAUCAUGAAAUGUUCCCUAAAGAGAAACCCGUAAAACUGCUUGGCAGAAAGAAAAGCAUUAAUGUCUAGUUUCUUCAUUUUCUCUUAUGCUAUAUAGUGACCUACCAACCAAUCAUAUCCAUCUGUACAUACAAUGAUGCAUAUCAAUACGUGUUCAAAGGAGAAGACUGAGUGCUCAUCAUUAGUGGGAGUAAAAUAUUCACAAGUUUUUACCAUGGUGGAAUAGAGUAGUGCUAAGUUCCCAAUAGAGAAAUAUCAAUUUCACAAGUUAAUAUUCCUGUCUCUAGCUGACUUUUUCUUUCUUUGGAGUGUAUUUACUAUUUAUUUUGUACCUUUGAUUUUUUUGCUUUAGGGGAUUUAUUUUUACCUAAUGCCGUCCUACUGUAUUGAAUAUCCCAUACAAUGAAUAAGUUAGUAAGGAAAAGAUUUUAAAACUCCACAAAUAUUCGUUUUUGAUUCUUAACAUAUUGGGGAAAAGUUUAAAGAAAAAGCACUUCACCAUGUAGAAGGGAAAGAGAGAAUCUUAAUUGUGAUGAUUUCAAUUCAGGAUCAACAUGUAGUGCUCUGCAAAAAGGGAACACUUACUAGCAGUACUUGAAGACUCGUGAGUUGGAAUUGCAUGUUACUUGAAAGACCUAAUUAAGCUAAAUUUUGGUGCACAGCAGUUGUACAUGAUUUCAUGUUUAUGUAGCAAAAUGCAUUGAAAUGUACUAGUAUUGAAACAUACAUGUAAAGAUAGUCGUGGAAAUUGUCUGAUAUUUUCUUUGUGUGUCUCAUUUAUUUAGAGCAUAAAGUUUCUUUUUUUUAAUUGUUCUAACUGAAUAAGGCUAAAUGAAUACUGUAAUUGAAAUUAUAUUUUAAAUCUUUGUCAUGAGUUUUUAAAAAAACUAUUGCAAAUUGUAUCAUUCCUGAUUACACAGA